ACAUCGAAUAUGAAGAUGGUGAAGAACCAACGAGACUUUAUUCAACAAAUAAAGAAGUGAAUAUACAUAAUUGGAAUAAAUUGAAUGAUAUGGAUGGUAGAAUACUAAUAUAUAAAUCUGAUGAUUGGUCUGUUGCUAAAGAAAACAAUAUGAGAAGUCCAUCACACGAUAAUUUGGUGGAAUGGAUAGAUAAAUCCACAUUAGCCGAAGAAACACUAUAUUUAAAAAUCAAUGCUGAGGUUUUACUUAUUUGGAACAAUAAAAAUAAUGAAAGAUUAGUUAACGGAUCUGAAGGUAAAGUGGUUGGAUUUAAACAUGUAGAAACUAAAAUGGAAUAUAGAAACGAAAUUCCUAAAGAAAUUAAUUCAAAAGAAUUAGUACCAAUCGUCAAAUUUAAAAAUGUUGAAGAAGAAAAAGUUAUUAAUAGGAAAACAUGGAUUAAAAAAAAUAAUGAACAUGUAAAAAUGGUUACCCGAACACAAUUUCCUUUGAAAUUAAGAUAUUCUAUAUCAAUUCACAAAUCGCAAGAUAAAAUUGAUUAUGGUAUUGUUGUUUUUAGAAGUCGAGCAUUUACCCAAGAAAGAAAAAUAUUAAUUUGUGGGAUAAAAGCAAAAAAUGUUAAUAGAUUACAUGUCGAAUCAUUCAUUUCUAUGAUAAAUAGAACAGUUGAAAGUCGAUGGAAUCGAUAUAAGAUAUUUAUAGUAUGUGAUGAAAAUGCAUCAAUAAAGGAUGAAGCAAGAUUUAAUAGAAAUGUAUAUUUUGUAAGAUAUUCGAAUUUGUUAGCUUUAUUAAGUUUAGAAAGUUAUACGAGAUUUUAA